GACUUAGACAGAUAACAAACAGGUUUUGCCAAUGUUAAAAAGUAAAAUGGGACAUAUAAAUGGAUGUGUUUAAAGAUCCUGUAACACAAUUUUUUAUGGUUUAAUUUCAUAAAUAUGAUGCUCAAAUCAAGAUUUCAUGUAAAUAAAGGGAGUGAUGGAUCGUGUAUUGCUUGCGUUUAUUCUGUCACUGUGUACCACCUCAUCUCUGACCAUCAGCUUACCCGAUGGAGCCGAGGUUAAAUGUCCGUCCAGAUAUCGUGUCCAGGCUAUGAGUGACAAAUCUGUUGAGCUUCAAGUUGUUGAUAACAAGACAGAAUGUAAAAGAUUAUUGAGGGAGAAGUACACAAAAAGGACAAAUAAGAAAGACGUCAGGCCGUUAGUGACCACAAUAUAUAAAGACGGGAGCUACAAAGCGAACAUAAGCUGGGAAUUCAUGCAGAGAAAAAAAUUACCAAAACUGUUCCUCAUAAAUCUGACGUUCUACCACGAAGAAACAGACAUGUACAUAUCUGACACGUGUGUUUUACUUCGAAUUACUGGAAAUAGAAAAAUAAAAUCCAAGGGACUUGUGAAGUUCUAUUUCGACUGUCUACCGUUACUAGAUACUCCAAAAAUCGGUCUAGAUGUUCAGUUAUGGGGUUACUCUAGGACAGGGCGACCAUGUAGGUCAUUGCGCUCACUUCCACAGAAUGGAGGCCCAUGUGGCCCGGAUGUACGGUGUUCCGGUGAAAGAAGGUUUUCUAUCUCAAAAGAUGCGCACCCCUAUGAGCUCUGUGCGUGUUAUAUAAAGCAUAGAGAUAUACCGAAGCUUAACUGGCAGUAUGACUACAGUCAACAAAAAUUUCACAUCAAUUUCACAAAUGUUCCACCGUAUUUACAAAGUGCUACAAUUGAAAUUGUGGAAAAACAAUCUGACGAUAGACUUGUGGAAGAUAUUGAAGUCCGACAAGAUAAAAUCCAUGAUGGCGAGAUACAUGUAGAUUCAAAACAAUUUGAUAUUGGAAAUUACACAGUAUAUGUAUGUGCAAAACUAAAACUUUUUCUGCAAUGUGAAGAACCAGGAUAUUAUGACAAGCAACGAAUUAGCGACCAUUGUGACGCCGAUAACAAUUAUUUUGCUUAUACAUCGCAAACUUUAACUGUAAGAAGAAUCAAAUCCGAGCAAGUACCUUCACAAGAACAGACGUUGUGGGGUGAUAUAAAGUUACAGGUGAUAUUAGGUGUUAUAGGGGGCCUACUUAUCACCGCCGGUGUUACAGGGGUCACAUUUUAUUUCUGCCAUAAAAGAAAAGUAGAUGGGAACCGAUCGGAUAUUGUGUCGUCAGUAAACGGGAUGGAAAUGCAAGUGUUAUCUGGUAUGGAAGGCAGUGAAACGGUAGAACAAGACACACUAAUAACAAGACCGAACACAGAAAAUAAUUUACCACCAACUUUUCUUGAAACGCAACAACGAACAAAUAAUGUUGAGGGAAAUCUAACAGCAAAUGAAAACAUACAUGACCUCAUGGAUGAAACAGGGCAUCUGCUAGAAGAAUAUAGACCUAAGCCUUCUGCUAACGAAAAUGGAAAUCAUGUAGCUAACGUUACCUUGACAAGGAAGAAGUACCAAAUUAUGCUUAUCUAUAUCCCAGAUGCAGAAAAUCCACAACUUGUUCAAAAAGUUGUAGAAUUGGAUCAGAGAUUGACUAAUGAUUUCGGCAUUAUUAUUGAAACACCUACAGCUGGUAAUCUGUACGACUUUGCGGAAUCAGCCUUUGAUAAGUAUUUAAAUGUUGUAAUGAUAAUGUCUAAAGAAUUAGCAACAGUUUGUCGUCAGUUUAGAACUGCUGACGAAAGGUCUGUACAAUUACAUUGUAAUAAAAAUCGUGCUAUUCUGCCAUGCAUUGUGCUUAAUAAAAUGGAAAACCUAAUACAAUUUCCAACAUCAAUACAACAUGGCACCAAACCUUUGCUUAACAUUGUUUGUCUUGAUGAGAGUCGUGAAACAAAACAAGCGCUUGAAGACUUUUUAGAGGAUCACCAAUUUCUUGAUACUAACAACACCCGUCUGCAUACAAUAUGUAAAAGUGAUCUUAUUUCGGAAGAACUCUCGCCAGGUCUCAAAACGCUGUUAAACAAUUUUAAACCGUCGGUUAGGCACGAUAUACCAGCAGCCAUUAAACUUCAGAUAAUGCAGUUGAACAAUGACACGGACAGUUUGAACAGUGAGUUGGAGCAAUGAGUAGUAUAGGGGUCUCUUAAGCCCCAAGACUGCGCACGAGCGGCGAUAGUAGAUGUCCAGAGUUCGAGAAUAUUUUUCAUAUUGUUCUAUUUUUUUACCUGAAUAAGUGGUGAAAAUAGGUUUCUUAAACCCAGCAAAACAAAAUCAAUGUGGUGCAGAGUUGAUUCGAUUGAGCCACUUGUUGACGUCAGAUGUGUACAAACUCUCUUCUGUCCACAUAUCUAGCACCGUCUGAUUCAGAAUAAUUCAAAAUUCAAGAUCAAGAGCUUUCAAGUUGUGAUAUGAAAGAAACUGUAGAAACAUUGGAUAAUCUGUACUUACUGAAAUAAUCUGAUCUGAGUGAAAAAGACAUUUGUGGGCAUUCAUGAUGUCAUGAAACCUUAUUAUAAUAUGGAAUGAAAGAUUGAAAUAUAUACAUGUAUAUAUGUUUAUUGUAUAUAUACACUUUCUCUACCAAACUUUUCAUAUGUACAUGUAAAUGCAUAACAACAAUUUUAUUAUCCAUUACUGAAGCUUUUAUAUCGAAUUGUACUGAUAAAAGUUUGUUUCAAAAUCGCUUAUAAUAAAUAUUGAAAUAUAGUCAUACCGGUAUGAAAAUACCGAAUGAAGACUUAAAGUGGAUUUUAGUUCCUUAUCAGUUACUAAUUAUUUAUUCUUAUGUAGUGGUUUGCCUGCCCCUGCUCUGCCUUGUGCCCUUUCCUGUUUUUGUUUGGGGUCAUCCUGGGCUCCUUGCCACUGGCUCUUGUUACUCGGUCGGGUGGGGACUGCGUUCAUUGAACGCCGCCUUUCCUUGUUGAUCUUGUUUAUCAUAUUUUGGUCUACAAUAGGCACAUUUUCCAUAAGUAUGUCGUAUAUUAAUAAAACCAAUAGAAAUGUAUUAUUUGGAUAUUCUUAUAUUGCUUGAAAAAAAGGUGAUCAAGUAGUGCGUGAUUUAGUAUGAUUAUUUAUAUGAUGAAUAAUGAUAUUUUGUUCUAGAUCAAUUUAUUUUGAUGAAUGUCAAGACCAAUAACUUGUAUGUAAAAUUUCAGCUUACUCCAUUUUUUCUGGAAUAAUUUUCUAAUUGCUUAAAAUAAUCUAAAUUGCGUUGCAACGUUUUUUUACUCAAACCGGGCUAAGAACAGCACAAAGCACGAUUUUCAAUUCAUUUAAGAGUAUAGUUUUUAAUUAUCUUUCUGUUUUAAGUGAGCAAGCUGAUUUAUGUAAGUAAUUCAAAUUUUAUGUUUUUUAGGGUUUUUGGCCUCGGUGGAGUUCCUUUAAUAUCAGCUUAUCAUGAUGUAAAUAACUUGUAGAUAUAUGAAAAGCGUAUAAUGCCAUAGUGUUGAUUUGUGACAAUCUUUGUACAACGAUUUACCUCAGGUUUUCAUUAUUCCGUCCAUUUGUAUUUUCUUAUUUGUUUAAAAAAAUAUAUACUGUCCAUUAUGAUUGUUAAGUUCCGCUUAUGAGACCACUUUUAAUGUUAAAAAUUAAAAAAAAAAUCACACACAUUAUAGAGAAACAAAAAUAAUGAAAUGACCAACUAAGAUAUAUUAUAGAGACACAAAUGACUCGCAAACAGGACUAUUAUAUGUUAUUUUGGUUUUGGAGUGAUAUAUGUGGAUAUAUUACCUGUUAAGAUUUUAUAUCACCCGAGCCGUUAGGCGAGGGUGAUAUUUUAUCUUGGCAGGUAAUAUAUCCACAUAUAUCACUCCAAAACCAAAAUAAUAAUUUUAUUACCCUUCCCCUGCCGAGUUUAGACGAUUUUUUUAAAAAAUCAUUGCUGUUUCAAAUGAAACGUCGAAAUAAGAUUCCCUUUAGGAUACCUCUUCGUCACAACAUGACGUCACAUAAAUACAUGACGUAUUUUUCCCGUACCUUACGAAAGUAAACAAGAGAAAAGGAGUAGUCUAUUGAACGCACUUUUUUGUAAUUAAUAUCAAGCUUUCACAAGGUCAUAUUUGUUUUCGAUACUGAUGGUAAUAUGUAUCAUUACUCUACUUUGGUAAAUAUUGAUCAUUUGACAGUUAAAAAAGUGCUUUUAAAUCGGAAUUUACACCGCGUAAAAUCGAACCGUACGCGCAUCACAUCAGCGCAUGUUGUUUACAACGUUGGGUACAAACGGAGAAAUUUAGUGUGUAUAUUACCCGUCUGGCUCGGUUAUAUCAAUUUCUUUCGGGUGAUCAAUAUCCAAUCAAAAAGGCGGAAAAAAUAUGGAAGGGUAAUAAAUCAUUAUAUAGACUUUCAGUUUGUAUGGUCUCAUAAGCGGAUCAUUACUGUGAAACAAAAUACAUGUAUUCUUGUAAAUAUAUAUAUAAGAUCAAUGUAUGUAUUUGUUUAUAAGAUUAUAAUAGAAGUUUUAUAUGAUUUUACUUUUGUUUUUGUUUUUUUUUCCAAAUGUUUUCGCAUUUUAUGAAUGUUUUAUGUGCUGUUACUGUCAAUAUUAUGUUCUUAACAUUUACUUAUGUUUGUUUAACAUUUAACCAUGUUUGUGCUAAUAGUAAAAUACCAUACAUUGCUUUAUGCAGAUAAUCUUGUAUCUUUAUAAUAUUCAAUAUUCUUUUAUAACUUUAAAUUGUGCUGAAAACUGAAGAUGUGCCUUUGCUUAAUCAUUUUAAAUUAUAAUUUUGUUACAGUAAUUUAAAUAAUUUACCGUUUGUUAUUGACUGUUUUUCUAAAGAUAUUUUUGUUUUCGUUUUUUUUCAAAUCGAUGUUGUACAUUUUUAUUUUUAUGAUAUUUUAUUUGCUUUAAAGGAUCUGCAUGUGUCUAAUCUGUCCUGCAAUAUAUUAAGUUUAUAACAAAAAAAAAAAAAAAUGAAAACAUCAACAACAACAUUUAUCUUUUAUGUAUGUACGUAUCAAAUUGGACAUUUAUGAUAACUGAAUUUUUUACUAUCCAAAAAAUGACUGUCGUAAUAGUGAUUGACCAACAGUUGAUAUUGGAAAAUGGUUGGCAUACAAUAAUUUGAAUUUAAA